AUGAACUUGACUAUAUCUUUUGCCAACAGCGAUGUUGUGCUUGCAGUAGAUGUAGAUCCAUCAAUGAGAGUCAACGACUUCAAAGCGUACAUUUUGAACGAGUCUGGGUUCCCCAAUGACGGGGUGAUUCUGUUUUAUCGAGACGAGAGACUAGGAGGAUCCAAAACAUUAGAGAGCUAUGGCAUUCAGGAGGACGAUAUGAUUCUUGCUAGUCAUAUUGAAGGCGCCGGUGAAAGAGCCGCUCAAUCUGCGGUCGAUUCCCAGCAGGUCGAGCAGAUGCGCAAGGCCAUCCUGUACAAUCCAGAUCUGUUUUCGGAAUUUUCAGACAAAAUGCCGGAAUUGGCACAGAACAUUCACGAUCCCCAGAAAUUCCGUGAGGCAAUGGAGUCCACUCAGUCUGCAGAGCUUGCCAAAGUGCUGAAUCCAGAUAGCGAGGAAGGUCAGAUGCGGAUUCUGGAGGAAAUCAACCAAGCCCACGUGCAAAGCAAUCUAAUGCAGGCAAUGGAGGAAAUUCCUGAGGCGUUUGCUCCAGUCACAAUGCUUUAUGCUCCAUUGUAUGUAAACGGUCACCUUGUCAAGGCAUUAGUGGACAGCGGAGCUCAAUCCACGGUCAUGUCUCCAGAAUGCGCAGAGAGAUGUGGAAUUAUGCAUUUGCUAGACAAGCGCAUGAAGGGUGUGGCGGUUGGUGUUGGCAAAGCCACAUCAAUUGGUCGUAUUCAUAUGGCACCAAUCAAGGUCGGCAGCUCGUUUUUCCCCUGCUCCUUCACGGUUCUCGAAGGGUUGCCCACUGAUCUACUGUUUGGGCUCGAUAUGCUGAAGCAUCAUCAAGCAACAAUCCAUUUUGGUCAGAAUAAGUUAUUACUUGGAGAUGAAGAAGUCGAGUUUUUGCCUGAAAGCGAAAUUCCCCAGUUUGCCCACCCAGAAGCAAUCCCCCUCAAAGUUACCGCCCCGCCGCCGGCCAAGCAGUCUUUAAUGCCGCCAGAAAAUCGUGUUCGCAGAUCCAGUAAUCCAUUCACACGAUCCCAGGAAGCACUCAGUACGUCAGGUUUGCAAUCAGGCUCUUCAUCGGGUCCUGCAGCUGGCCUCUCCCCUGGUCCGUUCCCCGGCCCGCUUUCUCCGCAUCCGACUGGCUUCGGGUCUGGCUCUGCAGCAGGCCCUCCGUCUGCACCUCCACCGAGUUCUGUGAACGCUCGCCCAAAUCCCUCCUCUGGUCCGCCCUCUGGUCCGCCCUCUGACCGUCCACCUCCUUUCUCUUCUCUUCUGCCGUCCAAUCCUCCUUCGGACACGCAGUCUACGUUUGCUGCUGGACCUCCGACGGGUCCUCCACCAUCAGGAGGCUUUCCCGAAAGCGAGAUCGCCAAAUUAACCAACCUCGGCUUCAAUCGUAACGAAGCGAUCAACGCUAUGAGACAGGCCAACGGUAACGUCGAAAUGGCUGGUGCUAUUUUAUUUGGAGGUUGA